UCGGUUAAAUAAUCAGUUUCUUUGUGUUCUUUGCUACGCGCACGGCGCCGUGAGAGCCCUCGAGUUUCAUUCAUUGCUUCGUAGUGCUUCGCGUUUUUUUUUUGCUGUUUCUCUCGAACGAAAGUGAACCGUUUUCUUUUGGAUUAUUGCGAAUUUGGCGGAUUUAAUUUUUUUGAUCUCUACGAUGAGGAAAUCCGAGGAGAACGUACCGCAAAUGCGUCUGAUAAUUGAAUUCGGUGCAGUGCGGCGUGACGAGAGUGCCUGUUAAAAAGAAUGCAGACCUUGGAAGAUUACAUUUUAGAAAUGGAAAAUCGUAGUGCCAUACGACAGAAUUCGAACACGGACGAUCUUUGGACGCAAUUGCAGCAGAAGGAGAACGACCUGGUGCUCGCCGCCGAGUUGGGCAAGGCGCUCCUGGAGAAGAACGAGGAGCUGACGAAGCAGCACGACGCGGCGGUCGAGGAUUUUUGCAAAAAGCUCGAGGCCGUUGAACAAGACCGUCACCUUCUAAAGCGCAAACUCGCCUCACUGGAAUCGGAAUACGAGGCGCGAAUUUUGGAACUUCAAAACGACAUAUCAGAACUAACAUCGAAACUGUCCGCCAGAGAGAGUACAAUAAAGCAGUGGGAGAGGGACAAGGGCAACCUCGUCUCCGAACUGAACGCUCAAAAUCAAAGACUUACGACUCAGCUUAAGGAAGCGGUCACGUUAGAAACGCAGUUACAAUUAGAGAUAGGCCACCUUCGACAGGAGUGCGCGAUGGGCAAGAGCAGCCUGCACGAGCACAUCAACAGCGCGGACAGCUUGAGGGACGAGCUCGAGCUGGUGUCGGCGAAGAAGGGCGAGCUCGAGAGGCGGCUGAUCAUGGCGGCGAACGAGAGGGACAACCUCGCGACGGCUCUUGAGGAGGCCUCCGAUAGGAUUCUGCUCUUGGAGAGGCACGCGCGCGAGCAGGACAUCAGGUACCAGCAGUCUCUGAAGGAGUACUCGCUACCGCAGGAGAGGCUGAGCAUUGAGGAGAGGAUCAGUGGUGAACACCGAUCUUUAUUGGCAGAAAUGGACGUGUGCGAACCCACGCUGUCUCAGGAGUGCAUGUCGGUGUAUCGGCAGCUGAGGGCGCUCUGUCAGCAACUGAAAUCGCACAACGACGACGAUUCCGGUCUGCACUCGGACUGCUCGACGACGAGCUUCGAUGACAGUCAGCAGUUUUCCGCGGGGUUGCUCAAUGAGGUUGCGCAGGAGCUGGUUGGGCUGGUUCUCGACACGGAUGUGGUAAGGUUGUUGGAUAGACUGGAACAGGCUCGGAGAGACAUACAAGAGAGGGACAUGGAGCUGUCCAGGCGCGGCGAAACCGUAAUGGAUCUCACAAGCAAAGUUUCUGUCUGUGAGGUCGAGCUGCGGACGGCUCUAGAGGAACGGGACCGGGCGCGCCACGACGCGUCGAAUUCAUCGAUGGCACAAGACGAGGCGGUCGUGAAAGCGCGCGAGGUGCGCGAUCAGGCCGUCGCCCGCAGAAACAAGGCGGAGGUGGAGCUCGCGAAAACCAGAGUUGAACUGAUGCAGGCCAACAGUCAGCUCUUGGAGGCCAUCCAGCAGAAGGUCGAGCUCAGCCAGCAGUUGGAACAGUGGCAGAUGGACAUGCAAGAGUUGCUCGACGAGCAGUUGAAGAACAAGCUGACCAGUCACGAGGUGAAGAUGCGCAACGACGCUCAACUAUCCCCACCCGCUGCACCGCCCCGUCGAAGACUUCUACGGUUUUUCCAACGAUAGUUUUUGUUUAUAAUAAUAACAACAUUCAAAUGAGUAUCUGUGAUGUAAGUAAUUUAAGAUAUAUUUUGUAUAUCUUGUUAAUAUGUUUUAUAUAGUUGCUUAUUAAUUGCCUUCUUUAAUGUUAAUUACUUCAAGAGUUUAAAAGUUACCAGCAAGAACUAAUACAGAAAAGGUGCAAGCAAAUUUAAUACCAAUUUCAAAGUGUUUUUGGGAGUUCCUAACGCAACAAUAGAAAAAUGUAUUUAACUUAAAUACCCUUUUCUAGUCUUUAUUUUUUAAUUAUUUAUGUGCAACUUGGCAAUAAUUCCGCCUGAGGGAAUUUCACUAACGAUUUAUCUAGUUUUAGUUCAACGAUAGCCUUAGUCGUAAGUUUAGCUGUGAAAUUUGAAUUGUACAAGAACUAAUUUAUACCUGUUGCAACUUUCCGUCCAAAUAAACAUAUUUUAUAUUAA